GGCUCCUCUGAAUCUGAAGUCAAAUAUCAGUCACUGUGAACUGGCAGAAUGUCCCCCAGGAAUUUGGCGAUAGGAAUGGUCUUCUUAUCCCAGACUGUAGCUGGAAUCUUUGGAAAUUUCUCUCUUUUCUAUCAUUAUCUCUUUAUUUAUUUCACUGGGUACAGGCUAAGGAACACAGAUUUGGUUCUCCAGCACCUGAUUGUAGCCAAUUCCUUAGUUGUAUUCUCCAAAGGAGUCCCCCAGACAAUGGCAGCUUUGGGGUGGAAACAAUUCCCCAGUGAUUUUGAAUGCAAACUUCUUUUCUACCUUCACAGAGUGGGCAGGGGUGUGUGCAUUGGCAGCACCUGCCUCUUGAGUAUCUUCCAGGCCAUCAUCAUCAGUCCCAGGAACUCCAGGUGGGCAGAGCUUAAAGUGAAAGCUCCCAGGUGCAUCAGCCUCUCCAUAUUCCUGUGCUGGCUUCUCUUCAUGCUGGUAAAUAUCAUUAUUCCUGUGUAUGUGAACAGAAAUUGGACAAAUUAUACCACUGAAAAGCAAAAAGAUUUUGGGUACUAUUUUGCUAAAGUUGAUGACAAAAUCGCAGACUCACUCUUUGCAGCAUUGUUAUCAUUCCCUGAUGCUCUGUGUUUGGGGCUCAUGCUCUGGGCCAGUGGCUCCAUGGUUUCCAUCCUGUACAGGCACAAGCAGCGGGUCCAACACAUCCACAGGACCAGCCUCUCCCCCAGGUCCUCCCCUGAGUCCAGAGCUACACAAACCAUCCUUUUACUGGUGAGCACCUUUGUAUCCUUUUACACCCUCUCCUGCAUUUUGCUAGUCUGCCUUGUUCUUUUUGAUACUGCCAGUUGGUUUCUGGUGAACAUGGCUGCACUAUCCACUGUGUGUUACCCAUCCGUCAGCCCCUUUAUUCUCAUGAGCCGAGACUCCAGGAUCUCCAGACUUAGCUUCGUCUGGGUAAGGAAUACGAAGUCUCGUACUAUUAUUAGUAAUACAUAA